GCCAAAGAGGAAAGAUUGUUUCGUUUGAUUUCAAGAGCAGAGCUGCGUUUCGACCCCGAUAUCUCGGCGCUGACUAAUCGUCUGAUUUUUGUAAACACUUUUAUUUUCAUGGAUUAUUAGUGCUCUCGUUCGGUCAAAAAUCAUCUUGCAAUUAUUGACGAUCAUAGAAUGCGAGUCUUCUGUUUGGAUUAUAAUUUUUAAAAGAUGUUUGUGGUAUUCGUUAUUUCUCAAGUAUGUAAUGACUUCAUUCAGUGACAUCACAUUCUAAGUCUACUUGUAAACAAAACAAACAAGCGAAUGAUGCCCGUACAUCAAUUUCCAGAGUCGGACUGUAAAACCAAUCCUUUGGCUCUUUUGGUUCAAAUAUGCAGCAACAUUGGUGCAGAGAAGCCGACCAACAAAUCCUCAGACAAGAAUAGCAACUCAGCUAGCAACAAUAACCAUAGCAGCAGCAGCAACAGCAGCAGUGAUGAGAUCAGGGUCACAAAGGAUAGCAAGGACGUGCUAUCCUGUAGUCCAGCUACCAGUGUCCACUCAGCAUCUUCGUUGACCAGUUCUACCAACAGGACAUCUAGAGGCGAGGACGCCUACGCAGGCAGCAGCAAUUCAAAAAGAAACACUCCCUCAGAAUGUAGGUCUUCCCCGCUGCUGGGGAGGUCCUCGGUGGAACGGAGGACGACGCCACACAGUGUCCACUCACCAGACAGUGGUGGACACCACCGACCGAAAUCAGGUGGUGAUAAGACGCCAACUUCGGCGGCGAGUAGUGCCACGACCUCUAGUCACGAUUCACACCCGUCGACGACCUCUUCAACGAGUACGUCUAGCUCAGCAAAUGAUCCUACCUACAGUUCCUCUUCUUCUCUGGGGCUGGACUUUUCGAGAGACAGUGGAAGUCUUCUGAGCAGCAAAGAGGCUGCUUCCAGCAGCUCCCUUGGAGGACUAGGCAGCUACAAGGCUGGUCUUAAUGGACUGAAUCCUCUUGCUUUGGCCAAUUGUUCUGGCUGCAGCCCCGUGGCCGGUCACAUACCACUGGACGCUGCCGCCGCCUCCACCUAUCCUCUUGCAGGGGCUCUCAAGGGGGGUUACUCCUUUGGGUCCGCCCUUACGCCUUAUAUGAACUAUGCCAGGAUGAAGAGUGCUGCUGCGGGUGGAGCAGCUUCUUUCGUGCCAGUAUGUCGCGAUGCCUGUUGCACCAACUGCCAAAUAGCCGCUCAGCUUCCGUAUCAGGACCGAUUGGCAGCGCAUAUGUCUGGGCUCUAUCCAGGAAGCUUUCCCGGAUAUCCUGUUCCCGGUUUCACCAGUCCCUCUGCCUCUUCAGCGUUCGCCUCUUCCGUGAUACCCCAUGCAGAUGUCUGCAAAUGGAUGGUUGGAAACGCGUGCUGUGGCAAGAGAUUUGCAUCCUCCGAAGAACUUUUCCAACAUUUGAGGACACACAAUAACUUUACUAGUACUGCCAGCUCUCUACCCCUGUACUCUCCGGGGAUAAGUCUGCCCUCUGCAAUUUCCAUGGAUGCUUGCGGGCUCUACACCACCCCUUCUCUUACGACGCCUGCCGGACUCAGACGGACCUAUCCAACCAGCUUAAGUCCGGUCAGUUCACUAUCAGCUGCUAGCCGAUAUCACCCAUAUAAACCGCCAGGAAUCUCGCCUUUGUCGGCACCUUUACCCCCCUUAGCUCAUCCAGGACUUGGUUUUUACAAUCCAUACAGUGGUGUUUACGGUAAAGGAUAACCGAAUGAAAAAAAUGAGUCUGUAUAUAUGUCGCUAUAAAUAUAUAAAUAUAUCAACUUGUAAUAAAUUAUAGUGUAGAUAUAAGUGAUUACAAAAAUGUUUUGUUGAGUUAUAAAUAGUUUUCAUAGUGCAAAACUAGCUUCCCCUGGGGAUGUGCAAAUGUUGUUCUUUUCAUAAGGUGUUUCUUGCAUUGAGUCAUAACAAAUGGGCACAGUAAAUAAUGCUUUUAAAUUCAUAUUUUCAGAAGUUAAUGAAUUUUUAUUUAAUCUUUUCGAUAAGUAAAGUCGUUCAUGGUAAAAAUAUUUUUUGUUUUCCUAAUGAAUAUCACAUGUUCUACUUCUUGGUUUGUUUUACUUUUUUGAAGAUUAAAUUAAAUGGUGUGUGUGCAUAAGACAAAGGAAUAGCUUUGAUUUUAUGCUUAAGUUAAAUUGCAGAUUCUUUUAAAGGUUGGUUAUUGAAAUCCAGCCAUAGCCUGACUUUUGACAUAAAAGUACCUAAAACUGCUUUUUAAACUAUGGGGAAAAAUUCCUAAGAAAACAGCAAAAGAAAUAUAUAUACACACACACAUAUAUAUAUGUAUUCAAAAUUAAGAAAAUGUUGUAAUAAGUAGACAAAAACACUAAUUUAAAACAGUAACUCUUUGCAUUCAAUAUAUCAGACAGCCCGGUUAUCAUAUCCUGAAACUCGGGCUGUCUGGUAUAUUGCUUGUAGUACUGCUUUAGCCCUGACUUAGGAGCGGUAACUUACUGCUAAAUAUCUCUUUACUUAUAAAAGGGGAAGUUUUCUUUGAAAAUAGUCCUGAAAUCUUAUUUAAAACAAUGCUAACAUCAUCAAAAUUCGGGCCUUACUAAGCAUUUAGUCAAACUCUUAUAUUUCUAUUUUACAGAUAUUCUAUUUUUCCCUGUGAAUAUUUUAAUUAUUUUUGAUUUAUAAUUAUGACAAGUUUUAGAAUUAAAAAAUUGGUUAAAAAAUAAUUGAGAAUUAAUCAACUGUAUCAUGUCUGAAAAUAUAAACUCCUAACAAUGCCUUAAUGCCUUCAUUGUUAACUUUGCUCAAUUAAUAGUCCUAUGAAAGCUCAACUGUAAAUUAAUUAUUACCCUGUGUCUUUUUAUGUUUAUGUGCAUAUAAGUGCUCAUAUCACGAAUUAUAUUCAUCAGCAAUAUGUACAGCAAAUCAUUUGCACAUCUUCUGAGUCUUUUAAUUUUUGAUCCAUAUUUCACAAUGUGUUCGAUGACUCUGUUUUUGUUACAUUUGUCGAACUAUGUUAUUCGUUUCAAAGAAUGAACUCAGUGCCAUACAGCAAAAUGCACAUUUUAUCAAUUAAAUCUCUGACUACAUAAAAAGAUUUCGAAAAUCUAUAAUUGAAGUUGUGAUUUUCCAUCAAUUAUUUAUAUUUGCUGUUGUAAGCUUAGAAAAUCCUAUUCAAUGGUUCACGAAUCGUGAUAUAAUUACAGUAACUAGAAGUACCAUAUUUACUCGAUGGACGAAUAGCGAAAUGUUUAAUAAUUUCAAAAAAUUUUAAGACACUUUUUUUGAAACAAUUUUUCUUUAUUUCUUCCCCCUUCUUCAGUAAUUGUUUCGAGUUUGUGCAAUAAUCUUGAAGAAUUUUCAAUUAAAAAUAAUUUAAUAUCAUAAAAUAGUUCUUACAAGUUUCAUUUUGAGACACUAAUUGAGCUUAGCAGUUAGAUAUGACAGGUAAUAUCUUAAAUAUUUGUGAUGUUUCAAAUCUUAAAAAUUUUAGUUUUUAUCCUUUUGAAACAUAAAAUCAUUUUGAUUCGUCCAUCUUUAAUAUCUGCUUCAGUUUCUUGCUCACUUGAAAGUUUCAUGGAUUUGUUUCUUUUCAAGAAUUUAAAAAAUAUUCAUGUUCGCAGUGAUGUUUUAAAUAAUACUAGUUAUUCAUUCAAAUUUCUAAAUGUAUUUUUAGGAACUGCGUUUAAUUUAUUUUUAGUGUGAAAGGAAGAAAAAGAAAACUUGCAAUGAAACUGCUGGUCAGUUGAAGAGCAACUGUUUAAGAGAAUAACUAAAAUUGUUCAGUACAAUUCUUUAAAAGCACAAAAAAUAGCUUCUAGUGAAGUUUCUUUUCAAGUCACCAUCUCUGCCGUUACAUUUGUUUUGCUGUAGAUGUUAUUUGAAUACUGUUUCCAUACAUAGCACAUAGACAUGUGUUCUUGUACAGAAUUCAGCUUUAUUGCACAUACUAUAAAUACAGAUAUGAAGACUUGUUCGUCAAAUGAAAGUUUCUGGUCACAUUGUGUGCAGUUUCACAGUACGUGUAAAUAAUUUCUUUUUUUUUAGAAAUAAAUACUUUUA